CUGAUCUGUUGAAACAUCAAGGGAGGCACCCAUGCAGGCUAGAAGGGAAAAUACGCCACACCCCUGGAGCCUGGGAAACCCAACCCUUAAUCCCAACUGCAAGGAUAUAAAGUGUCCCCUUGUGAAUCUCUUUGACGUUCCUGAAAUACGCGGAGUAGGAUCCUGAUUGUGCUGAAACCAAGAAGAUGAAAAUUGACUGGGGCAGGAUGCCAGCCAGGAUGAAACUGGCCUUCCUCUUUGCUGUGGCUUUGCUUCUUCCAGAUGUGUCAUCCAUGAGUGUCUACAGGUCUGUAGAGACAACUGCCGCCACAUCUGCCAGUGUGACAAGUGCACCAAAGGAAACUAACGUAGACAUCGAAGGAGAUUCCAGUGAGGUGGGGUUGACUCCACUUGAUGAUUCACCAGAAUUCUUUGCGUCUGUUUCACCAGUCACAGAAGAAUCGGGUACAACCUUACUAAAUAUUGGAAAAGAGGAAACCAAUGAGGAAACAGGAAUUAAUUUGAAAGAGAUUUCAGAGGAAAGUGAUGAAUUAGAAUCUAAUACUGCCGAAGAUGGAAACGCAGAUGGUUGGGAUGAACUAGAAGAACUAGAGGAUGCUGCCCUUGACCUGGUGAGACUCAUUGUCAAGAGAGAUGCUGAAGAAGAUGAUGAAGCAGAAGAACCUACACCAGAGACCGUUGAUGAGGAUGAUUUUUUAUUUUCAGACUUAGCCAGAGUCCUCAAGCCCUUAAUAAAAGCUUUUUCCAACUCAGAGUCUGGACCUCCAUCACCAGAUGAUUUCUUCUCUUGGUUGCCUGCUUUGAAGGACCUCUUGGAAUCCUCUAAGGAGCCUAGUGCAAGCAAACCACUAGCAAACACUGUGACUCGCCCAGCAAGAAUGUCCAGUUUCACUACUUUCCCAGAGCCAAAUCUGCAAAUCGCUCCAGCUUCACCACCUGAAGACUCAUCUGCAGAGCCAUCUGUAAAGCUAAGUGAAACGGAGGUUUUUCCAUCUCUGCCUGUUUUGGAGGAAGUGGCCACUUUUGUUCCACCAACAAUCCCCCUUCCCCCUCAGCCUAAGCCAAGCAAGCAUUAUCCUUCAGAUGCCCCAGCUCCUGAAGAUGUGUUUUAUUAAAGGAACACAAUUAAAUUGAAUUUUUAGCCCUGAGUUCGAAUCCCAACUGAGCUGUGAAACUCACUGGGAAAUCUAACACUAUCUUAUCUCAGGGUUUUGUAAAGAUGUCGGGAGAAUGGGGGUGCAGGCCACUUUGAGAAUAUUUGAGAAAAAAGUGGAAUAUAAACAUAACAAUGAAAUAAAAUAAUUUCUGGAGAAUGAGGAACUGUGUAUAAAAUAAGGAGAAUAACUGGGAACUUCUUCCUCAGGUGUCAUCUUGGGAUCUCCUACGUUUCCUGGUUUAUCAAUGGUAGAAAAUGUAAAUCAAGCAUAUGCUUUUAAUGCUCUGCUUUUGAGGCAAUGUAAAUAAUUCAAGAUCAAGCCUUUAAACUUGGGUGUAAGUGUUUACUUUUUGCACUGAGCACAAAUAAUACCCCUAUGAAGAAUAUAUUUUUUCAUAGGGGUAUUAUUUGGGCUCAAUACAAAAAGUAAACACUCACAUUAUUGGACAAAGGAGUAUUGCAUCUAGUUAACAUAAAAUAAUUGCAUUGCCUCCUUAGGUACAAUGAAGCUACAAAAUUCCCUCUUAUUUCUUGCAGGAAGCUAGUAGAAAGCCUGCUGCAGAUUUGUAAAGAGCCUUGCCAAGACCUGUAUGUUGUUAUGCUGUAAUAAAGCUCUUUACUGACCAA